ACGGAGAAUCGCAGCAUUAUAGCAGCGCAAACUGGCGACGACGGCGUCUCGCUGGGUGCGAAGCUGUGAGAAUUUCAACAGUUCGCAGGAAGGGAUGAGAGAGAGAUGGCCACCACCUCCCCUUCCAUGCGUCUGAGCUUAUAAAAGAUAUAUCCAGUGCGGAUAAGCCAUUAGUGCAAGAGAACGAAGGAACGCAGCGUCGGCGUCGAGUGGGUCGUCACACAAAGCCAGAAGAUGGUCAGUUCACUGGAUGACACGGAACAAGUGAAAAUGCUCAAGAGGGCUUUCUCCAUGUUCGACUCCGCCAAGUCGGGAAGGAUCGAGAAGGAAAAAGUUCGGACGAUCCUGAACACCCUGGGGCACACUUUCGACGACCACGAGCUCGAGGUGCUGCUCAAGCAAGAGGACGACGACGGCAGCGGUAAAUUAAACUUCGACUCGUUCUUCCGGGUGGCCUCUCACUUCCAAGAGGAGGACGACGAGGCGCUGCAGAAGGAACUGAAAGAGGCUUUCAGGCUCUACGACAAGGAAGGCAACGGCUAUAUUCCCACCAGCUCUUUGCGGGAGAUCCUCGCCGCCCUUGACGACCAGAUAACGCCUGAUCAAAUGGACGGCAUGAUCGCUGAAAUUGAUACCGACGGCUCCGGCACUGUUGACUUUGACGAGUUCAUGGAGAUGAUGACCGGCGAUUAAACCUCAACACGGACUCAUUACCUCGGCGUGAAAGAAACGCUUGCAUUUUCUUUCAACGAUCCUGCAAUAUUGUCCGACGGCGCCGGCUCACCCACGACAAUCGGGAUCAGGAUCGAAGGAACAUCAUCGAACAUCGUUUCACCUGUACAUUUGCGCAUCAUGUAUCGACAUCGUUAAUUAAGUAUUCGAUUAAACGCUGUUUUCAAAGA